UGCGGUUAGAGGCAUAUACUGUGUGAUAGUGGAAAUAUUUAUUUGUGAACCUUCGAGUUGUCAUAGAAGACAGAUUUAUUUUUCUGACAGACUCAGCUCGCCGAAUCGGCCAUUUUCCGUCAAAUAUCCAUAAUUCCCUUUACCGUUGUCGCUCGCCGCACCUAAAUAAAACACAAAAUGCUGUCCGCCGCCAGAUUGAUCGCCCCUGCAGCCAGGUCUGCCAUCUUCAGCAACUCAGCACUGGUACGACCAGUGGCUGCUGCCAUCCCAUCGCAGGCACAGAUUGUCCCUGCUGCUCCUGCUCAGCUCUCAGCGGUGCGCUCCUUCCAGACCACCUCUGUCACCAAGGACAUUGACUCUGCUGCCAAAUUCAUUGGUGCUGGUGCAGCGACAGUCGGAGUAGCUGGAUCUGGUGCCGGUAUCGGAACAGUGUUCGGCUCCCUCAUCAUCGGUUACGCCAGGAACCCCUCCCUCAAGCAGCAGCUGUUCUCAUACGCCAUCUUGGGUUUCGCCCUGUCCGAGGCUAUGGGUCUCUUCUGUCUUAUGAUGGCGUUCCUGCUGUUGUUCGCUUUCUAAGCUAAUUACUUUUAAGAACACUACUACUGCCAUCCCACAUGACGAGGUUUCAGUGUAUACUAUCUGGAGUGGACGGCCAUGGAAUCGAAUGUGUGGAAACCUCACCCUCAUAGUGAUGCAUGGACUGAUGUGUUUAAGUGUUACACUUAACAAGUGCGCGUCAUCAGGAAUGCAAUUUAUUUAAUUAUGUAGUAUAAAGAAUAUCUGCAAAUAAAAUGUUGUACGUAAACAUUACAUUGAUGCUACAAUUAUUUCAAUUCCUGAUUUAUGUAGACUGUUCAAAAUCAUGUUAAACAAUUAGCCUCAUAUCAAUAGUCGGCGACAAUAUUAAAUAGUUGAGCCAGUGACUGCGUAUAAAUGCGUGAGUAUUGUCAUCGGGUUUUGAUGUGAAUGAGUUUAUCCUGUUCGAGAAUGUCGGCAUCUGUAUUGUACAUUUUUAGGGCGAUUAAAUGAUACAAAACCAACA